AGUGAAUAUGACCACCAAAUUGGGCAUCGGACUGAGCCUUAAACCCUAACCCCUUCUCAGACCCUCCAUAGAUUCACCUUCGUUCUCGAUCCAUUCCUUCAACUCUCCAAUUCUAACCCUAAAAUGGUUUCAAACGCCGACGAAGACGAUGAAUUCUCCGGCAGCGACUCCGACGAGGGCUUCAACGAGGACAUGGAAGCCCUAAGGAGGGCUUGCAUUCUCACCGGAACUGAUCCCCAAGCCCUCGACACAUCCGUCGCUACCGGCGGUGUCGCCGCCGCCUCUGACUCCGACGAAGAAGAUCUCGAAUUGGUCCGCGGAAUACAGCAGAGGUUAACGGCGUGUAAUCACGCUGAGGCGCCCCUCUUUCUGAAGCCCCUUUGCACGCUUCCGCCGGCUGCCUCGGACGAUGAUGAGGACGAUUUCGAGACUCUUCGCGCGAUUCAGAGGCGGUUUGAGGGGUAUGAUAAAGAUAGUCUGAAAAGCAGCACGGAGAAUGAUUUGAAGAAAUUGGAGCAGGUUCAGGCCACUAACGUAGCCUUGGAGAAGGAAACUUCCACUAAUGUAGUUGUAGACAGAAUUAAUGUUUCCCAAGGAUUUCCAGAUUCUUUAGAUGUCUACAACACCUCCCAGAAUUCAGAAUCAGUCAAUGAAAUUAUUCCUGGGAUCUGGCCAUCUGGCUUAAUUGAGUGGCAUCAACCAGAUGAACAUAAUUUAGCUAUGAUUUCACCUAGGGAUUCUAGCUUCCCAAAGUCUGCACAGAUGUUUGUUGAUGCCAUCAAGAAGAACAGGGCCUGUCAGAAAUUUCUUCGAAGUAAGAUGAUUCAGAUUGAAGCAAGGAUUGAAGAGAACAAAAAGUUGAAGCAACGUGUUAAAAUCCUAAAAGACUUUCAGGUUACUUGCAAAAAACGAACUGGGCGAGCGCUGUCACAGAAGAAGGAUGCUCGUGUUCAAUUGAUUUCAGCUAAAAAGCCAAGGACUAAUUCGAAGGUCAAUGGGAAAAAGGUCUCUGCUUUAUAUUAUGGCCCUGAUGAGAAUUGUCAUGUUCCUAUUUAUAGAAUGGUAUUGACAAAAUUUCCAAUCUCAUUGAGUCGGGAAAAGUGGUCAGAUGAGGAAAGGACGAAUCUUGCUAAGGGAAUAAAACAACAACUCCAAGAAUUGUUGUUUCAAAAGUCAGUUGAUUUAAUCAGUGAUGUGGAGGGAUCUAUUGAAGAUUCAAAUGAUUUUGGUAGCAUUGUUGCAUCAAUUAGGGAUCUUGAUAUCACCCCUGCGAAUAUUAGAUCAUAUCUUCCCAAGGUUAAUUGGGAGCGGUUGGCUUCUAUGUAUGUCACAGGUCAUUCUGGUGCAGAAUGUGAAUCAAGGUGGUUGAACUGUGAAGACCCCUUGAUCAAUCACCAUCCAUGGGGUAAAAUGGAGGAUAAGAAACUUCUGCAUAUUGUCCAAGAAAGGGGGAUCAAUAACUGGAUCGAGAUUGCUGUCUUGUUGGGAACAAACAGGACCCCAUUUCAGUGCUUGGCUCGUUAUCAAAGAAGUCUUAAUGCUUCAAUACUCAAGAGGGAGUGGACUGAGGAUGAGGAUAAUAAGCUUCGUGCUGCUGUAGAAGCUUUGGGCGAGAGUAAUUGGCAGUCCGUGGCUUCUACUUUGGAAGGAAGGACAGGUACCCAAUGCUCAAAUAGAUGGAUAAAAUCCCUUCACCCAGCCAGGCAGAAGGUAGGGAGGUGGACAAAAGAUGAGGAUAAACGACUGAAAGUGGCAGUGAUGCUUUUUGGGCCUAAAACCUGGAAGAAAGUAGCUAAAUUUGUGCUUGGUCGAACUCAUGUGCAGUGUAGAGAAAGAUGGUUCAAUAGCUUAGAUCCUGCUUUGAAUAUGGGUCGAUGGACUGAAGAUGAGGAUUCAAAGUUGAAAGCAGCAAUUUCAGAGCAUGGAUAUUGCUGGUCUAAGGUUGCCUCAUGUGUGCCUCCACGCACUGAUAAUCAGUGCAGGAGGAGAUGGAAGGUGUUACUUCCACAUGAAGUGCCACUGCUCCAAGCAGCCAGAAGGAUACAGAAAGCUGCUCUUAUAUCAAACUUUGUAGAUCGGGAGUCAGAGAGACCUGCUCUUGGACCAAAUGAUUUCAUUCCACUAGCAUUGACAAAUACAGUUUCUGAAUCUGAAAAUGUAAAUCUUGCUGGAAAACAGAAGAGGAAAUCAAGGAGGAGAUCAGGAUCCAAGGCAAACAGAAAAGUUUCUAGGUCGAAGAGACCUACAAAGGAAACUGAAAUUAGUUAUAAGGAAGUUCUGUUGUUAACUGAUGGCAAUGAGGUGGAGAACUUUGCUGGUGAAGGUGUCAUUUCAAAUAAGAGAGUAAUGAAGCUACGCCCAAGGAAGAAAAGAAGUUAUGAACCGAAUGAAGAUGUGAUAGGGAAUGGUCUAGAGGUUAGGCAAUUUGAUGGGGUAACAAAAAAGAGAAGGUCUUUGGGGAGGCGAAAGAGGACAUUUAGUGGGAGGCCAGAAGUGAAUGAAAUAGACGAUUCGAUGAAGGAAAGAACAAUGGAGCCAUGUUCAAAGAAGAAUAAAGGUACAGGUCUUACAAAGGCUCAUUUAUCAGCUUAUGAAGAUUCAGAAUUGUUAGUUAUGACUAACGGAGAAGAUGUUGGAGAACGUGGCGGGGAUGCUAUUGCAAAGAAUAAGAAGGAAAUUAAACCAGGUCGAAGAAAGCGUAAACGUGCCGAACCACUAGACGGAAUAUCAGGAAUUAUCAACUCGGCCAAUAUUGUGAAAAACAAAAAACCAUCUUCGCCACAUUUACAGGAUGAGUGUACUGAUCCGACUCAAGAUCAUUCAUCAUCUUGUCCGGAUUCAACACCAUUAAUGAUAACAAAUGGUAACGAGGUUGAAGCAUUUGGUGAUAAUGGUGAGAGGAAGAACAAUACCCUCAAACUAGGUUCAAGGAAUAGUAAAUAUAGUCGACUUCUGCAGGAACUUUCAGAGAUAAAUGAUUCCAUUGAAGUUGAGACCUUGGAUGGUUGCGAUGCUAUUGUGAAGAAAAAAAGGGUAACAAAGCAAAGUUUGAAGAAGUGCAGUGAUCCAAAUCAUUCUUUUUCUUCAGAGUCAUUCACAGAAACCGAUAAUGAGGUUGAGGCCUUUGUUGGAAAUGAUGCUACAAAGAAACGAAGGGCUUCUAAACCACAUUCAAUGAGUAAAUGUACCGAUCACAUUGAGACCUCUGGUGUGGAGAACACUACCUUGCAUAGGAAGAGAAGAGCUAAGUUGCAGCCAAACCAAAGUGAAACUACUGAGCUAGUAGAGGUAUCUGAAAGAAUUUCAUUAUCUCAAAAGUGUUCGACAUAUGUUUUGUUGGAUAAUGAUAAUUCAAGGGCAUCUGGUGUUUGCACACAAGAGAGGCUUAAAAGGUCACGGACAAGUGAGAGUUGUUCUAAUCAUACAUUGGAAGCAGAAGACGGGGAUGAUGACAUGACCCUUGCUUGCUUUAUUAAGAAUAAUGUGAAGAGGAGAAGGCUUAAACUUGCAGAAAAGGGUAAUGAUAUUUCAAGUCACUUGGAGGAUCAACCAGGAACUAUAGCUGGUGAGAUUAAUUGUGGAAAAUCACGUUUGGUUGCUGGAGGGACAUUGGCUUUUCAUGAAUCAUUGAUAGAACCAUUGAGCAUUGAUGUUGAAGGAGUUUUUGAGGAUGGUGAUGAUGACCCCAGUGACACAAGCUCUCCUCCCCCUGGGUUUGAGAAUCCCAUAUACGGAAGAAGUCCAUCCUAGUUGGUAUGAACAGAAAAGGAUUGCAUUUUCCUGCAGUGUUGUGUUAGACUUUGUAAUGAGAGAA